CUCAGAGGCUCAAGCGACCACAUCCACUAAUCUCAUCCCAUGACGCUCCCAUCUCCUCCACUUUUGCAGCACUGCUCCACCUCGUCUCGCGCGCCGCCGACGAGAUCCUCUGCCACCGGCGACGCGAUGCCGGCUGGCCAUGGCCACCACCACCACCUUUUGUUUCUUCUAUCCCUGCCAUGGCUACUCUACCAAACGCCCGCGGCGAGCUGCGCCUGCGGCCGCGGUGAGCCGCGCCCAUGGAUGUGAGGCCGUGGUGCGACCGGCCUGUGGCAGAGCCUGUUGCGUCCUUGGAGCGGUGGCGAUGUCCAAGGUAACGCGUUGCGACCAGUGAGAUGCGAUGCUUGACCCGGUGUGGGGAUUUGCUUCAACCGGCGGGGGAUUUGCUUCAACCAGCGAGGAUGGUGGUGGGGCGGCGACCGCGGUGGGUUGUGUACACUCACAAUGCAGGAAUUUCAGAGCCUAUGUCAUGCUGGGGCGUCCUUUGGCCGAGGAAACCCUCUGAUUCGGUCGUGCUGUUCGUCGCCAUUGCCGUGGUACAACUGCCCUUCAAGACUCGGGAGGAGAUGCAGAGUAUGGCGGGAGAAGCGCCGGAGCUGCCUGCCUCUGGUGGCGGUGCCCGGCGGGAGGAAGAGCCGAAGCUGCGGUGGUGGCGGCACUCGGCGGGAGGCGCCGCAGCUGCGGCGAGUAGGGGCGCGCCGGAGCUGGGCGGGCAUCCCGGCGACCGGCGGUGCCAGGUGAGGAGUUUGGCAGGCGGCGGCUGGGGAUAUUUGGUUCCGGCUGGGGAAACUGCCAUGAACAGAUCGGGUAAAAGAUUAGAUAAGGGUUCUGUUUAGUUAGGUUCGGAUAUCUGUAUAUGAAACAUAUAUCUCCUAACAAAACAAAGUGCUUCCCAGGGUCAGUUGGUUAGCUCGCGCGCUGUGCAGCCUGUGGUCUCCGGUUCAAUCACCCAUCCUCCCAAAUUUAAUUAUCUUUUUCUCAUGCGCCCCUUACAAA